UUUUGUCUGAAUUUUUCCCUCCUCCAGAACAAGGUCUGAAGGCAGCUGAAAUAUCUACAAAGGUUUUUUACCAUUCUGAUGUAGCGUCAUUAGCAAAAUUAAACAUAGAAGAAGUGAAACAAGUUUUCCCACUUUCAGCUGUAUCAGAAAUUCCAUUCGAAGCUGGAAUAUCCAUUUUGGAUCUAGCAAUGAAAGCUGGUUGUUUCUUAAAUGAAGGUGAUGCAAAGCGUAUUAUAGCUGGAGGAGGCUUGUAUUUGAAUUUUGAAAGAAUAACUUCUGAAGCUGUGCUAGUACCUAAUCAUCACAUACUACCAAAUAAUAUAUCUUUAAUACGAAUAGGUAAAAUAUUAAUUAAGUUUGAUAGAGACUUCACAAAUGCAGAGGAAGCCAGUGUCUUUGCACUUAAAGGUACAACACGAGGAACAAAUUUGUAUUCGAGUCUGACACAAACUUUGGAAAAAUGUGAGUUAGACUUCAGUAAUAUGUCUGCUAUAACUAGGGAUGGUGCUAAAUCUAUGACUGGAGAGAAAAUAGGAAUAGCAACAUUACUCAAAUCUGAUGUGAAGGGAAGUGGAAAUAAUACUAGGAUGACUUUCCACUGCAUCAAUCCACUAAGAAAAUUUGUGCAAAAAGUCCUUCUCAAACCUUGA